AUGCGAAGCCUAUACAACAUGGAGAAAGAUGGAAUAUUCGCGGACUUCGACCAACAAGUUGUAUAUGAAGGCAGCCUCGAUCGAGCGGGAGAUGAAAAGACCCGCAACUUUGUUGUCGAGUUUGGCAAACUCGAGGCUCGAAUUGCCUUUGAUCUGAACGCAGGCCAGGUGAAAAGGCUCCUAGACGAGCCUUCCACGCAAGCCGAGCGCGAUCGACCUCCUGUACGAUGGAUCAAUAUCUGGGGUCCAAACCGACAGACUGAUAUAAUAGAUGUUCUUGCACAUCGGUAUGGGUUUUCUCCAAGGCUUUUGGCUAUCAUCAAAACUCUGCCGCCAAAGAAUUCGAGCAGUAACGAUCAUCGAGUCAGUUACAAAGAGAAAUUGUUCGAAAAGGAUGAUAUCGAAACGGGCAGAGCGAGUAUGAAUAUGCCCAGAACACAUGCAACUCAUCGUGCGCCCCCGGCAACCACGAGCCAUUAUACCAUUGCACAACAAAUGAUCAACUACCAGUCCGUUGAUGUAGGGGCACGUUUCAUGUGCAUUGGCGCGAAUUGGAUGCAUGAUAUCGAUCCACCGACGAAGGAGAAAGAUAAUCCAACAGUUCAAAAUCUAUUCAGAGACAGGGCCCAGUGUAGGCUCUGGUCUUGGCUUAUACUUUGCGACGAUAAUACAGUUAUAGCAGUUCAUGAAGAUACGGGGCCAAUUAAGCCGACGAAGAAGGAUCUCAAAUCACUGCGCGGCAAUACUCUGAGCGUUUUAGGCCAACUUUCUAAGUCGGGUCAUGAGACGGCGGAUCCAAUAUCCAUGCAGUCUGUCCGACAAGUUCUGGAUUUGAAUACGGCGCACGCGAAUAGCGGAAUAGAAGGAGCAAGUAAUCUUUUUUACUAUCUAUUUGAUGACUGGCGAGCUGUCUACAAAACAGUGGCUUUUUUCAGGGGAAGUUUAAAGGAGUUGGAGACCUCUAUAUUCGAUGACAUGACAAGAAAAUCCAACAAAGGUCCUGACAUAAGAAUCAUCCCUCAUCUUCACUUCCUCAGCAAACGAAUCCGUCGGAUGCAGCAUUUGUACAACGGCUACCAUAAUCUCAUAACCAGGAUUCUGGAACCCAAGAACUCUAGUACGUGGGAAGCCGGCACACCAGACGGCUCAUUCAUGACUCAAAGUGGGAGAAAUGGGGUCAAGCUAGCUGCUUCUGCGAGUCAAAGAUUCGAGAGACUCGGUGAUCGCUUAAAAUUGUUAAUUCUGAACGAAACUGGUGAAUUUCUAGCCGAGAAAGAUGCACUCAGUACCACUUAUUUCAGCAUCAAUUCUCAAAAAGACUCUCAAGCUACUGCCCGCCUUAAUCGCUCGGCUACUCUACUCGCCAAACUAUCGGUGCUUUUCCUUCCCGUAUCACUUAUGACCUCUUAUUUCUCAACCCAGCUUAGUGAUAUUGAAGGCAAGUAUUCGCUGUAUGAUUACUGGGUUGGGUUUGCGGUAGUGGUAUCGGCGUCAUUUGUCUGCUUGUUUUUCUUCAGCAAGUUGUUGAUGUGGGUAACAGAGACCUUGGAUAUAUGGGCCAAGGCCUUGGGAAAGAAAUCUAGGCAUAUCUUUGUCAGUCUUCUGAGGGGCUUUGAUAUGAAAAAAAAUAAGGCUAAGGGGGAAGGAACAAUUAGUGGUAAAGAUGAUGAUGAUAUGGACGAUGAGUAA